UUCUUUCAUUAAUCCUCCAACCAAGCCAACAUAGCCUAUUUCAAAAUCUCAGUUUGGGAGCCGAACUCUCAAGCCCUAGAAGAAGAAGACGACGACGAAGAAGAAGAGCAAAAGAGAGCACGGUUUCAGGUAGAAGAACCAUAGCAAUGUCGGACUUUCUCCCAGACGAAAUUGUGGUGGAAAUCCUCCUGAGACUACCCACCAAAUCCCUAAUCAAAUUCAGGUCUGUUUCCAAAUCUUGGAACUCUCUCAUCACAAGCGCUAAUUUCAUCAAUACCCACCUCACUCACUCACUCGCUUCCAAUACCUACAUAAACAGCUAUGAUAAUCUCCCACUCGUGAUAGUUAGGCAAUACGAUUCUACUUUCUAUAACGAAACAGAGAACUGCAAACUAUUUCUUGAUUCCGAAGACUCAUUUGAUGAAUAUAAAGCUCUUGAAUACCCAAUAAAGAGCUAUUAUAAUCACUCUUUUUGGGCAAUUGAGUAUGCGAAAGGUUUGUUUUGCCUUUCCAAAAAUGAUCGGUUUUUUCUUUGGAACCCAUCGAUUAGAAAGUCCAUGGCUAUUCCCAAGCCUAUGAUCAGGACGCCUGCGCGUUAUCAUUGGUUUGGAUUUGAUCCGAGGACCAACGAUUAUAAGGUGGUUAGAGUAGUGGACUUUCAUCGAAAUAAAUUGUUCAAUGAAGAGCCAACAACACAGAUUGAGGUUUACUCCCUUAACGCGGGCUCGUGGAAAAUCUUGAGUGGAGCGAGCAACUCUUUUCUGGAUGAGAUUACCAUAGCUUUUUUUGGGCGAUUCGCUUCUUAUUUAGGAGGGGCUAUUCAUUUUCCUGCAUAUAUGAAGAUAUCCAAUGAUCCAUUGAUUUUGUCAUUUCGUCUGUCUGAUGAGGUGUUUCAAACGAUGCUGUUACCGGAUGGUAUUUUUGGCCUCGAAACUAUGGUCAUUGCUUCAGUAUUCGGGGGAUUGCUUUCUUUGUUAUAUUACGAAUUUGCUCCUCUUGGGUACAAUUCUUGUUCGAUUUGGGUAAUGAAAGAGUACGACAUAGUUGAUUCUUUGUAUAAACAGCUCACAGUUGAUCUAACCGGAGGAAUUACACGGGUAGUAGGUAUGCGAAAUAAUGGUCAUGUAUUGUUGGAUGUAAAAAUGGCUACGGAUUGAGUGCUUUCUUCAUAUGACCCUUCGGACCAGCAAAUUAAGAAUUUGGGAAUUCAUGCUACUGAAUGCCCUAAGGUUGUUGAUACUUAUGAGGAGAACCUUAUCUUACUCAACAAACCAAAUUAUGCAUUUUCUAGAUGGGGAGUGAGCGGGAGGAAGAGGAAAGACAGGUAAAACAAAGUUGGAUAAUUUCAAAUAUUCAAUGGAUUCAAAGCAUGACCUAGUGGAUGAGAUAACAUAUGAAUUGUCUUACCAAAUGGAACUACCGAUAUUCUGAUCCUAUUGAGGCACAUCAGAUGAAACGAGUUUGUAUUAUUUUGAAUUAUGUUCAGUGGAAAUAUCAUUUUUAGGAGUAAAACGAUUAUGGAAUUUGAAAUUUUUUGUUUUUGUUAUUAUUUUUUUGCUGCAUCUCGUAAUGUCGCUUUCAACUGGCAUUCUAAGUUCUUAACUGUAUACUGUUGUCAGUAUAUUUUUGCAGAACAUUAUCAUAUUUUCAUUAAAGUGAUGCUCAAGUCAUGCUU